GAUAAUAAAAUUGUGUUAUCAGCAGUGUAAAUUCGAUAUAACCUGUAUCGAUGAGUGUUUAGAAUACAGAGUAUAGAGAAAUGAAUAACAAUGAAUUUACCAUUUAUUAGAAAUUUUUCAAACUUAGCACAUAAGAUUUUAAUUAAUCACUGUCAAUAUAAAGAGAAAAGCAGAUUAUUGUUAUGUAAUAAUAUUAAAGUACAUUUAAUAAGAAGAUCAAAAUCAACUAAUCCAACUCUCUAUGAAAUCAGACAGAAAGCUAAAAAACCUAUUAGUUUAUAUGGAUAUUUUUUGCUUGUUGUGCCAGUUUCAACAUUUUUUCUUGGUACAUGGCAAUUACAAAGACGUCAAUGGAAGUUAAAGUUAAUAGAAGAUUUACAAACUCGAAUAAAUGCUGCACCUAUUGAUUUAGUAGAGAAUGUUGAUCGACUGGAUUCUUUGGAAUAUUGUACUGUAAAAGCAAAGGGUAAAUUUUUACAUGAAAAGGAAUUCCUUAUUGGACCUAGAUCUGUAAUUUAUCAUAAUGUAGCAAUUGAUACAGGAAAUCUAUUUGCUAGAAGAAAUACUAAUGGAUGGAAUGUUAUUACACCAUUUAAGGUAGAAAAUCAAGACCUAACAAUCUUAGUAAAUCGUGGUUGGAUACCUGACAAAGCAAAAAAUUUACCACAUAGUAAAAUUGAAGAAACUAUUGAAAUCAAUGGUAUUGUAAGAAAAGAAGAAUCCAGACCACCUUUUAAUCCUUCAAAUAAACCUAAAUAUGGAUUAUGGUACUACAGAGACAUAACAAAUAUGGCCAAGAUGGCUGAUACUUCACCUAUAUUUAUUGACCUAUGGUCCAAAAACGAUCCUCCUGAAGGUCCACUUAGUUGUCAAACGAAAAUUACAUUACGAAAUGAACAUUUUUCUUAUAUGGUUACUUGGUAUACACUCUCUUUAUGUACUGCAACCAUCUGGUACAAAAUUUUUAUAAAGAAGCUACCACUACAUUAGUUAGCACAAAUUUAAAGAAUGCACUAUUAAGCAGAUGUCUUCGCGUCUUCAUUUUGUAUGAUAAUAAUGAUAAAUAGAUGGUAUAUCGAUUUUUAAUCGAAGAUAUAAAGUGUAACAUUGUGACUCAAUUAAGUAAGUUGAUAUAUGUAUAUAUUCUUUUGUAUUAUAACUUGUAUAGUUUAGAUAUAAUCCAUUUGUUCGUUAAAAAAUAUUUCUUAUCAUCUUAUUUCUAAUAAGAUAUUUAAUAAAAUAAACGAAUGUCUAACUUAUAAUCAUAGAUUUCUUUAUUUUAUAACGCAACAAGUGAGUACUCCAUUUAUAGGAGAAUAUUAAUUGCUCCCAGAAACAUUAUUUCCCGUAUUAUAACAACAAUAACAGCGAUAAUAGCGAUCAUUAUCAGCAAAAUUGCUAACGAUGAUCGUAGUAUAUAGUACAUUAACGAAUGAGCAUAGAAAAUAUCUUUAUACAAAUAUGAAAAUAUACAAUAUACAAAUUACAUCAA